AAAGUCAAUUUAAAUUCAUUAGCGCCAGAAAUUCGCGCAGUUGUUGUAUUAUGUCGUUUUUCAUAACAUUAAACGUGGAUCUUUAAAAUUUACUAUUAUUCGUAAUAUCUAAAAUCCAAAAUCAAAUAACGUUACUCACACACGGUGAUUACAAAAGAUUUGUAAAUGUGUUUGUUAUUUCAUAUAAAUUGAUAUAGUCAGAUUGACGUUCAUUUUACAUCGUUGUAUAGACAACUGAUCAUCCCAUAUUUAAACGUUCCGAAGAUGAAUACGAGAUUCAGUGGAUUAAAACUAGGACCGCCGAUAGAAGUUUUUGCACUUCAUAAAGCAUUCAUAGAAGAUGCUUACGAAAAAAAAGUGAAUUUAUCUAUAGGAGCUUAUCGUACAUCUGAAGGAAAACCUUGGGUAUUACCAGUUGUUCGAAAAGUGGAAAAAUCAUUAGCUGCAGAUGAAUUGCAAAACCAUGAAUAUCUUCCAGUCUUGGGAUUGGAUGCUUUCAGCCAAGCAGCAACAAGAAUGUUGUUGGGUGCAGAUUCUCCUAUUAUUGCACAAGGUCGUGCUUUUGGCAUUCAAACAUUAUCUGGUACUGGAGGAUUACGUAUUAUAGCUGAAUUUUUAAGUCACGUUCUACACUAUGAUACCUUUUAUUAUAGUAAACCGACUUGGGAGAAUCAUAAACUUGUGUUCGUAAAUGGAGGGUUUAAAAAAGCAUGUGAAUAUACAUAUUGGAAUCCAGAAACUCGUAAUGUUGAUAUAGAAGGAAUGCUUAAAGACCUUAGAGAUGCUCCAGAAAAUGCUGUAAUUAUUCUCCAUACAUGUGCACAUAAUCCUACCGGAUGUGAUCCAACUCCUGAGCAAUGGGCCAAGAUAGGAGAUGUAAUAGAAGAGAAAAAACUUUUCCCAAUUUUUGAUACUGCUUAUCAGGGUUUUGCAACUGGUGAUUUAGAUAAAGAUGCAUAUGCAGUAAGAUUAUUUGCAGAACGUGGAAUAGAAUUCAUGUGUUCACAAAGCUUUGCCAAAAAUUUUGGCUUGUACAAUGAAAGAGUUGGAAAUAUGGUAGUUGUUAUGUCUAAUACAAAAGAAUUAGCCCAGGUUAAGUCUCAGUUAACUUUGAUUGUUCGAGGAAUGUAUAGUAAUCCACCUAAUCAUGGAGCAAGAAUAGUUGCAACUGUGUUGCAGAAUCCAGACCUCUAUAAACAAUGGAAAGAUCAUAUUCUCACAAUGUCCAAAAGAAUAAAGGAAAUGCGAAUGAGUUUGUAUCAAAGAUUGGUUCAGAAAGGAACUCCAGGUAAUUGGGAACAUAUUACUCAACAAAUUGGGAUGUUUUCUUAUACAGGUCUUACAGAGAAACAAGUUGAGUGUUUAAUUAAUAAUUACCAUAUCUAUAUGUUACGAAGCGGUAGAAUAAAUAUAUGUGGACUCAAUGAAUCUAACUUAGAUUAUGUGGCAAGUGCGAUUUAUGAAACUGUUCUACUGUAUCCACAAAAUAAGGAAAGUUGUUCAUGCAAGUAGAAGGUUGGAUGAUUAGAUAUCGUAUCAUAAUAAGUAUAAAUUGUUAUUGGAGUAUUGAGAAUGUCGUUAAAAUAUGGCAAUAUUUUAUAUGCAUUGAAGUUAUAUUAGAAUUAUAAAAAUGUACUAUAUCGGUAUUUUUUGUUACGUUUUUGUUAUAAUUUUACAGCUUAAUAUGAUUUAUUACAGUGUUUAUUUAGUCAAAAAUUUCUCUGUUUUAAAAAAUUUUACUGUUUAUACAUUUAUAAAUUGUAAAUUUUAUUUCGUACAGAAAUUGAACCAUUUUGUUAGAAAUCGCCUUGUCUAUGAAAGUACAAAGUAUCAACAAAGUAUUAUGAAUUGCCAAAUUUUAAUACAUGUGUUAGUGCAAUCGCUUAUUAUUAAAAUAAUUUUCAUUGAGCUUAAUAGUUUGUAGGGAAAUAAGAAAUAUUUACAAUAGAAAUUCAUUUUGAUAUAAAUGAUUUUUUAAUGCAUUUUACAAUCUUAAUAUAAUUAAGAAGCUCAUUAAUAAGCUUUGCUUUCAAAUAAUGUUAUUCUUUAACUAAUAUGAACAAGAGUUUUUUAAAACCCUUGUUAAAGAGAUGGUUACAAAUCAUAUACACUACAUAGAAAACUAAAGUUUGAAAUUAUCAUAUGUAACAAUAAUCUUGUAAAUAAUUUCAGAACUAUAUAUACAUAUAUACAUCAUAUCAGUGAUAUUGUUAGUAAAUGAGACCAAAUUUUUAAAACUACUUUACAUUCUAAGUAAUUAUCCUUGUUAUAGAUAAAAAUGGAAAUAUUUUUUACGUAUUUCCAAGGAUAUUUUUUAAACACAAUUUUUCUAUCAACGAGUAUGCAUUAUAAGAUAUUAUCUUUAUAUAGUAUCUUAUAUUCAGUACAUACCAUAUCUUUAACAAUAAAUUAAUAUAUAUAAAUGCAAUUUAUUAACGAGAAUAUUGAUGACUGAUAAAAAUUUAAAAUCUAAAAAUAACAAUAGGGCUUCUAUUAUUUUAAUAAUAAGCGAUUUAUUUACAGAAAUUAAUAUCUAAAAUUAUUAAAACUCAAUGCAAUCUAUUAUUACAGUUAGUUCCUGUAUACUAUCUUGUUCUAUUAUGGUUUUCCAUGCUCUAUAAAAGGAAAUUGAAGCACUAUAUUUUUUGUAUGUAGAAUUGAAAUCAGUUGUAUUCUUAUAGUUAAUAUCUAUAAGAAAUGAAUAUAAGAAACAAAGAAGUGCUGUAGAAAAAGCAUAUAACUUCCGUUUAAUAUAGAUGCUAUAACCUCUUGUGCUAUAUAAGAAAUAGAAUGUAUUUUUUGUAUACUAAAUGCUUCCAGUAGUCUAAAACUUAUACAACUUAAAAAAAUAGAGGUUUCAACAGAAAUCGAUAAAGCAUAUAAUUAGUGUAUCAUAAUAAUGUUCUGUAUUUCACUUCCAAAUAUUUUAAAAAAUUUUGAUUUUUAAAAUUCAGUGCAUGUAAUAAAUUUUUUAAAAUUUCUAUAUAUUAUAUACAAUACAUUUAAUAUUUAUAAAUCAAAUAAAAAAAAUUAUAUACAUUUGUAAUAUUUACAUAUAAAUCAAUAUAUACAUAUAUAUACACAUAAAAAUAUAUACAUAUAUUUUUAGUACACAUUGUUAUGUAAUUUAAGCUUCGAACUCACCUUGUUCAAGAAUCUGGACCAAAUCCAUCAGAACCCUUAAAUUUUCGUACAAAUUAUGAUGGGGUAUGGUAGAAUGAACAUAAUUAAUUUUAAGAUUUUGUUCCAUAGCAGCUAUUCUUUCUAGCGUAUUUUGAAAUAUGUAUAUCUAGAUGAUAUUUUUCUGCAUUUGUUGUAGCAUUAUAAUUGUAUGUAUAAAAAUUGUUCAUUGUAGCAUACCUAACUGUAUUUCAAAUUUUGAACUAUCUUAUAUGUACUGCCAAAAUAACUUGAAUAUGCAAUGAGAAAGUUAAUUUUCUAUGUAUUUAUAUAAAAUAAAUGUAAUACAGAAAGCAA